UGGGCAGCCACACUCACACCCUGGGGAGGAAACAUGGAGGUGGAGGGCGAGGGGCAGAGCAGGAUCUGUCCCCAGGGCUGGCGUCCCAGCAGGUCAGCCCUGGCUCCUGGACUGUCCUGUCCUCCCUGCCUCGCCAUCUGGGCCGGCAGGAGUCACCGGGUCGAUUCCCAGAAUUCCAGGGGCAGGACCGGCUGUUGGACAAACAGAUCAAAGGUGAGACUGCGAAUCCAGACCCAGCCUGGCCAGCUGGACGGGCGCACCAUGAGGCUGCUGAUCCUCCUGGGCCUGCUCUGGGGCUCGGCAGCCGCCCCCGGGGGCACACAGUGGCCGCAGCCCGUGUUCGGGCGCCUGGCGUCGCCUGGCUUCCCGGGGAAGUACCCGGACGACCAGGAGCUGCGCUGGACCCUGACGGCGCCCCCGGGCUACCGCCUGCGCCUCUACUUCACCCACUUCCACCUGGAGCUCUCCUACCGCUGCGAGUACGACUUCGUCAAGCUGAGCUCGGGGACCGAGGUGCUGGCCACGCUGUGCGGCUGGGAGAGCACGGACACGGAGCAGGCCCCGGGCAACACCACCUUCUACUCGCCCGGCCCCAGCCUGAACGUCACCUUCCGCUCCGACUACUCCAACGAGAAGGCGUUCACGGGCUUCGAGGCCUUCUACGCAGCAGAGGACAUCGAUGAGUGCCAGGUGCCCCCCGGAGCGGCCCCCGCCUGCGACCACCACUGCCACAACCACCUGGGUGGCUUCUACUGCUCCUGCCGGCCGGGCUACGUGCUCCACCAGAACAGGCGCACCUGCUCAGCCCUGUGCUCAGGCCAGGUCUUCACCGAGCGGUCUGGGGUGAUCAGCAGCCCGGAAUACCCACAGCCGUACCCCAAACUCUCCAGCUGCACCUACAGCAUCCGCCUGGAGGAGGGGUUCAGUGUCAUCCUGGACUUCGUGGAGUCCUUCGACGUGGAGGCGCACCCUGAAACCCAGUGCCCCUACGACUCCCUCAAGAUUCAGACAGACAAGAAGGAAUUCGGCCCAUUCUGUGGGAAGACGUUGCCCAGCAGGAUUGAAACCAAGAGCAACGCUGUGACCAUGACCUUUGUUACUGACCAGUCGGGGGACCACACAGGCUGGAAGGUCCACUACACCAGCACAGCUCAGCCGUGCCCUGAUCCGGUGGCGCCACCUCAUGGCCGCAUCGCACCUGUGCAGGCCACGUACGUCCUGCAAGACCGCUUCUCCGUGGAGUGCGCGGCUGGCUACGAGCUUCUGCGGGGUCAUUUGCCCCUGAGAUCAUUUACUGCCAUCUGCCAGAAGGAUGGAUCUUGGGACCAGCCGAUGCCAGAAUGCAGCAUUGUUGAGUGUGGCCCUCCUGAUGACCUACCCAACGGCCGGGUGGAGUACCUGGCGGGCUCCGAGGUGACUACGUACAAAGCUGCGAUUCAGUACCGCUGCACCGAGACCUUCUACACAAUGGCAAGAGGGGAUGGUAAAUAUGUGUGUGAGGCUGAUGGAUUCUGGACGAGCUCCAAAGGAGAAAAAUCACUCCCAGUCUGUGAGCCUGUUUGUGGACUAUCAGCCCGUACAACAGAAGGUCGUAUAUAUGGAGGGCAAAAUGCAAAGCUUGGCGAUUUUCCUUGGCAAGUCCUGCUACUAUUAGGCGACACCACAGCAGCAGGUGCACUUUUGAAUGACAACUGGAUCCUAACGGCUGCUCAUGCCGUAUACGAGCAAAAAGAAGAUGCCUCCUCCCUGAACAUUCGAAUGGGUGCCCUGAAGAGAUUGUCGCCUCAUCACACACAAGCCUGGGCAGAGGCCAUUUUCAUCCAUGAGGGCUACAGGCAUGCUGCUGGUUUUGAUAACGACAUAGCGCUGAUUAAACUGCAGAACAAAGUUGCCAUCAACAGCAGCAUCAUGCCUAUCUGCUUGCCAGGAGAAGCAGCUGAAUCCUUCAUGAGGACAAAUGACAUUGGAACUGUAUCCGGAUGGGGAUUAACCCAAAGGGGUUUUCUUGCCCGAAGUCUGAAGUUUGUUGACAUACCAAUUGUUGAUCAUCAAACAUGUGCUGCUGCCUAUGAAAAGAAGCUGAAUCCAGAGGCCAAGGUAACUGACAACAUGCUUUGUGCUGGUGUACAGAGUGGGGGCAAGGAUAGCUGUGGAGGCGACAGUGGAGGGGCAUUAGUGUUUCUAGACAAUGAGACACACAGGUGGUUUGUGGGAGGAAUAGUGUCCUGGGGCUCCAAUAAUUGUGGAGAAGCACAAGUGUAUGGGGUUUACACAAAAGUCAUUAACUAUAUUCCCUGGAUCAAGAAAAUAAUGAAUAACUUUUGAUUUGUAUGUUUUCAAUCAGUAAAUGCCUUUUAAAAAUGCCUGUAAAAGAUCACAGCAGCAAUGUGACCCAAGGAACAUUAGUACAGCCACUGUCGCCCGCCCACCCAAAAACCAAAACCGAACUGCAGGGAGAGGCUGGCCAGCGUUUUACCCUUUACCUUGUGGUUCAAGGGGGUAUGAACCACAGUGAUGUUCGUCUUUGCCUGAGCAAUAGAAACUCACUGGUCAGAUUGCACUGUGUUACUUAGAGUCCAGUAUCCUUUUGUACUGGUUUUUUUAUUGCAUUUCCGGAAAUGGCCUGUACAUGGUCUUUGAGUAUUUUUCGACUUAUUCUUAUGGAUCUCUAAGAGAGCUUUUUAUAUCACAGCAGUAUUAAUUCAGGGUAACCCUGAAUCAUAGAUUUUUGUAGAUGAACUAGAAACAUCAAUACUUUAGCCUAGGUACUAAUUUCCAUGUUAAAAACCAGUAUCACAAAAACAGCGAUAUAAUUUUGCACUUAUCAAAUUGGUAGACAAAAUGAACAUGGAGUAGCACUAUUCACAUUGUCAAAUACAACACAAAUUUUCUAAAGGAAAAUUUUGCAAUGUAUUUCAAAAGCCUUAAAAGCAUGCAUAGUCUUUAACCUAGUAAUUCCAAUGCUAAGAACUUAAUUUAGCCACGCUCCCAGCACUUGGAAAUAACCUAAAUAACGUUCAAAUUCAGAAGACAAUGGAAUUAAAUGUGGCAUUUCCAUAAGAUGAAAUAUGACACCAGAAGUAAAUGGUGGUACUAUAGAUAAAUCUGUAUUUUUUUUCCUUCUUAUGAUAAACAUGUAAAAGAGGGUCACAGUUAGCCAAACAAUAGAUCACAGAUCACACAAUACGAGUAUAGAACCUGAAUACACAAUUAAGAGCUAUUGUCCUAGUACUCAAAAACAAAUUAUUCUAAUUAUCACAUACAUCUUCCAAAUUAAGUAGUUAACUUCUUUUUCCUAAGGACAAAAUUUAAGCUCUGUCUUAGGCUUAAAAAUAUUUCAUUUUAGUUGGCUAGUCCUUCCUAAAAAGAGUUAAUAGCUAACAUCUAACAAAGCUUUUCAUUCUAGCCAGAGUUACCAUUGUAUUUAAAAAUUCAUUGUGAGUUCUGCCCUAAUUUCUCUUGUGCAUGUAAAGUGCAACUUCUUGAGACUCACUUUUUAAAGGUAACUUUCAGCAUCUUUGUCACAUAGAAAAAGGAAACUGUGUUUCCAGUAAGACGCCAGACACUAAACUGGUGGCAACAAAAAUUUUUAUUCAACUGGUUCAAAAAAUGUUUAGAAUGAAUGCAUUUAGAUGACCAAAUAGACUUUAAAAACAAAUCUUUGCCAAAUAGUUUACUUCUAAACUUAAAAAAAAAAAAGUUUAGGGUAGAAUUAAAUGCCCAUAGCUAUGGAUUACCACAAACAUAUUAAGAGAAGGCUACUCAACAUUGAAAGCCUUCCAAGACCAGUUACUAGGUUUACACAAGUGUAAAGAGGGAUUAAAACCAUGCCAUUGACAAGGUAACUUACCCCUGGGCUCCUUGAAGGCUUGUCAGUUUAGUCUUUGGAGGUCCCCGAAUACCAUUUUAAGUGUUACCAUGUUACUGCUGCUGAGUAAUAGUGCAAGUGCUAAAAUGCAAAAUUCAGAUGGUACAGGGUUUGGAAAUCAUGCAAUUUAGAUGCAGAAAAAAAAAAAAAAUUAAACAACUGCAAGAUCCUUUUACAGAGGAAACUGAAUAAUGAAACAAUGUGGCGAUCACAGGUCUAAAGGAUGACUUCACUUUAUAAAAGUUUAAAACAUGUAAUUUGCAAAAAUCCUAUUUAUCAUAAUCUAAUUAGAUAAGGGCAUUAGGUAAACUAUCAGCACAAGAACUGUUACAUUCUUCCAUUCGAAAACAAGCUCAACUCUCCUAGCAGUAGUUACAUAAAAAGUACAAUAAUCAAUAUAUCAUCGCUUUUACAUACUUAACAAUGCAUCGUGAGAGUCUAAUCUGAGUUUUGUAAACGAUUUUAUUCAGCAGGACUGUAUUUCCCCCACCUUGGGAGGACUUUGUCCAUUUCAAUUAACACUUUCACAGACAACCCACCACACCCUGAUAGUUCUUAAAGCUAUCAAGCUU